AUGACGAUUUGCAAUAUAGUUUUUAGUGUUUUGUUUAUAAAUGUUUUGUUUUGUGAGUGCUCGAAUGUUUUUCACGAGAGUUCAAAGAUAAUGUUUCGACCCGACGACGGCUCUGAAUACUUUGGGUAUUCUGUGAGUUUAAGUGAUGAAAGGUUGAUCGUCGGUGCACCAAAAGCGAGAAGUCGGUUAAGGGAGAUAACGUCUGGACAGGUGUUUAAAUGCCCUGUGCUGGACCUGGACACCCACCAGAACAUAACGUGCUUGCCAAUAGGCGUUACUAAAGACAUCGAGGACAGAAUUUUCGCGAGAUCCUUCUCCAGGGAUGAAGUGUUCAGAAAUGAUAUGUGGUUUGGAGCUACAGUCACCGCGAUGCCCAAUGGAGCUGUCUUCAUAUGUGCGCCUCGCUGGGCUAAACCCUACAAAGAUUCACACUUGUUGCAAAACGGAAUGUGUUACAUGCACUCAUCGAGAAUGGCGAAAGAGUAUCUGCCGCUAUUGGACCCCAGCCGGCAAGCGUUCCUCAGCGAUGAUCGUAGACCAGAGUACGGAGAGUUUGGGACCAACCUCAAUUACUACGCGUACGGCCAAGCUGGAUUUUCAGUGAAAGUGUCUGAAACGAACGUCAUUCUUGGUGCUCCUGGGCUAAUACAAUGGACAGGAGGGGUCGUAGAAUACCGGCCUGUCGACAAAGACUUCAAGAACGCGUUGUUAAGCAAACAGAUAUCAAUAAAUCCAUACUACACUAAAGAAGUUGGACCGGAUGACUACUUAGGUUAUAGUGUUGAAUCUGGUAUCUUUGAAAGAAAUGGAACCACUCUUAUAGUUGCUGGAGCACCAAGAUCACAUUUUGGAUACGGUCAAGUACUUAUUUUCGAGCCAUCUUUCAGAGAAAACAGCCCUCUUAAUAUUAAAUAUAAAGUGGUCGGUGGCCAGCUUGGCUCCUAUUUUGGUGCAACUUUAUGCUGCACAGACAUCAACGGCGAUGGAAUAGUAGACCUCUUGGUAGGAGCACCAAAUUAUGUGAAGAAAGAUGGAAUACUACAUUACGACCAAGGAGCUGUGUUUGUUUACUUGACAAAUGUACAGGACGACCGUUUUUCUUUGGAUGCAACCAAUUACGUAACAGGGUCAGAGGAGAGUGGAGCUCGAUUCGGAAACUCUAUCGCCGAUUUGGGAGACAUUGAUGGGGAUGGAUUUAACGAUGUCGCUAUCGGAGCACCUUGGGAAGACGAGGGCAAAGGAGCUGUUUACAUAUACAGAGGUAGUAAAAAUGGUCUCGACAGGCGGUAUGAGCAGAGAAUCACAGUUGCGGAAUCAAAAACAUUUGGCUAUUCAAUAGCUAAAGGUUUAGAUAUGGAUAACAACAAUUGUAGUGAUUUAGCUGUGGGUGCCUACGACGUCGGCGAAGCUUAUAUCUUUAGAUGCAUACCUACAGUACACGUGACGAUUUCCAUCAAAGUACCGGAUGCUGUGAACUUACCAGUAAAUGCUACUAAUUUUACUGCUUUAUUUUGUGUUAAAUCUACUCCAAGAACAGCUUUAAAUGGAGAAGCUAUAUCAAGGAAAUUAGAUUUCACAGCGAGAAUAGCAAUCGAUACAAAACAAAACCGUGCAAGAUUCAAAGGAGAUACAGAAUACGAAUUAUCCAUAACAGUUGGAAAUGAGAAGUGUGAUGAACAAGUAGUCAUCGUAAAGCCCACGGCCGACUUAUCAAAGCCUAUUUCGAUAAAAUUCAAUUUGGAAGAUAAUGGUUCGCUAGAAGACAGUCAAAAGUUUCCACUUUACGGUGCAAGACUAUCACCAGAUUCCAUUUUGGAAUCUUCAUUUGAUAUUCAACUAAGGAGAGAUUGUGGCGAAGACCUCAUAUGUAAACCUUGGUUGUUGAUGUUUUUGGAGCCUCUGACUAGCAUAUACGUCCCUGGAACAAAUGACACACUCGGAUUCAGAGUGUCCGUUUUCAACACAAAAGAACCGUCAUACGGUGCUAAAGUUCAUCUCGCACUACCGUCAUCCCCAAAAAGAGUUCCCAGCGAAUGCUCUUUAACAGAACUUGUACUCACUUGUAGUUUACCAGCACCUCUGUCGAGAUCUGAAUCUAAAGAGUGGGAGAUUGAAUUAGAGUACACAUACAGCGAUAGUGUGGAAAAGGAAUUAAACGUCACCGCAAUUUUAGAUGAUCCCUUUUAUGAUGGCACAGAUAUAGAUAGGAAACGUAAAGAUCUUGUGAUUGUUAUUAAACCAGAAGCUAAACUAGCUUUUAGUGGGAAGGCAUUGCCCAACGCCACCGUCCCAGUAACGAGGGACAAAUUCAAUGAAGCGGGCAACGUGACUCUUGUACAUUAUUUUGAGGUAACCAAUUUUGGACCGUCUGAUUGGUUUCGAUUGCCAGUUCAAGUUAUUCUACCUGAAAAGGUGAACCUAUCAAGUUCAAUCAAAGGAUGUCUUGGGUUAGGUCAUGAGCUGGAAUGUACCUGGAACCUCCCAGCUCAAGUUUCUUUGCCUAUAGUUCUCCCACUUCGCUUUGAUUUGGGUCUGCACGGUAAACUUUUAGAAGAUAAACACGAAUUUAACGUCACAACAACCAUUACGAUAAUCCUGGAGGGACAAAAUAAAACUACGUCAAUAACAACGACUUUGGUAUUGGAAGCGGUACCACCAAUAUGGCCAUAUAUUGUAGGAGGUGUGGCAGGCUUCCUUUUACUAUCAGUAAUGAUACUAGUUUUUUACAGAUAUGGAUUCUUCUCAAGAAAUCGCCCUGGGAAUUUCAACAGGCUCGAUGAACAUGAAACUGCUGACGAAGCGAGCUUAUCCGGUGCGAAUCUAGAAGUAACGAGGAGUUCCGGCGCCGAAGAAGAUGUCAAUGGUGUUCAAGACCCUUCUUUUUUGAAUGAGACUUCAUCACAAGGGCUACUGGCAGAUGAGUAGUGAUGAGAAUUAAAAAAAUAAAUGUGGUCUAGUCAGAAACAUUUAUUUAAGAAAUUCAGAGUUAUAUCAAUUCAAGAGAUUCUAUCAGUUAGAUAUAUGUAGCUCAUGCUAAAAAGACAACCGAUUAUUGGUACGGUGGCUUCUAGAUCGAAGUAUCGUAUCGUAUGUAGCAAAUAGGUCCAGGAGUCCCAUUGAAAUGGCUACUCAACUUUAGGAAGAAACAGCGGUAAAUCAGGGUAGGUAAUAUAUAAAGCAGUGGCGUGAAAGCAUUAAAAUAAAUGAGACAAAACGAGACCUCCGAUCGUUUACGAAGACACGAUCGUUUCAUUUAGGCGCGGUGCUAAGUGCCAUUCUAUCGCGUUCAGCUGGAUGGUACCACAAAGUCUACCUACCAGAGUAACGUAGUGCUUGCAGUAACACAGGCUUCUGCUUAAACGAGUUAUAAAGUUAUUUCCGUUUUAAGCAAUUCAAUAUAAUAAUAAUAAUAAGUUUAUUUCAAUUAACAGUUACACAGUAAAUUAAAAAUAUUACAAAAUAAGGCGAAC